AGCUUCGAUCGUAUAACACGGUAACACGUAAGUACACACAAAGUAUACAAAGCUAUUCUUGCUUGCAUGGACUCGAUCGACCCAUCAAAUUCACAUAGCAACGUGGUACUAAGCAACGAAUGAUCUUUUCAAAGCUGGCCUGUUAUUUGUACAAUAAUGAAGUGCAAGCAAAGCAAAGUAUUCAGAACAACAGUGUACAUACGUUCAAGAAAAUGCCUGGAAUCGCGAGUGCCACUGGCCUUAUCUCUGCACGUGUUCGACCUGUUUAUAGAAACAAACCGCAGCAUGUGGAACUUUCAGCGUUUACAAAGCCUGCACCCUUCGCCCUUCGACCUUACGCUGGCCUUUUUAAUCCCUAUUCUUAUGGUUGCUCCGUCUUGUGUAAUCAUCCUGUAGACAAUGAAGCCAAAGAGGUGGUGCGUCGGGCGAAGGAUACAUGGGCGAGCGAAGGAAAAGCCCUAUUAUUACCAGAAGAAAUGGAAAUGAUUCGCGCUAGAUUAUUGGCUGGCAAAGAAAUGAACGUCGACACUUUAAUUGUUCCGGAAGAACUAUUCCGGAAAUAUACUGAGACGGAUUCUCGACCUCCCACACCGGCACCUACUCUCGCUAGCGUUCAAGCAGCGGCAGCGUCAGCGUCAGCUUCAGCGUCAGCGUCGUGUCGUCCUCUUCAAAAUGCUCCUUCACCAAUUAUAUACAAUCCACGAGAACGCACUACCUUGGUUUUAGAUCUAAGAACCAAUUCGCAAGCCCACCUGAACAACGAUACUCUCACUUGGCAUGCACUGACUUUAGAAGUUUUACCAAUUCCUAGAAAAAAUCCGAUCGUCAGCAAUAAACCAUUAUCUCGACGUCGAUUUAUAGCUUCGUCAACGCAGCCACCACUUGCUCAAACAUCUUCCUUAAAUGCUAAACCCUGUGAAAUGAUUGUAGAUGUUAACGAUGUUAACGAUGUUAACGAUGUUAACGACAACAACGGCGAUGAACUUACGGUCGUACGAAGGCGAGGAAAAAAAUUACGUAAAAGGAAGUGCAGAAGAGAUUCGAUUUAUGGACAACAAACGGAAGUUCGAGAUCCAUUCGAACCACUUGAAACACAAAUCUCGCAAACUAAUGAUGAGUCCAGACGAGCUUCAAUUCAUCCGCUUACUGGUGGUUCUUGUACGGUGAUAUCUUCGGAAAAAGUAUUACUAUCCUUGACAGAAAAGACGAUGAUGCAUUUCAGUUUUAUACCGGCAGAAAUUCUGAAACAUUUGUGUAGAGAAUUAAAUCGCGACAAAAUCGAAGCGGAAUUUUCAAUGAAGAGAAAAAUUGCGUUCGAAGAAGCUCUGAGAGUGAAAGGUGAGACUCACUUUGCCUUGAGUGGAACGCGCCAAACUUCCGUACCACUGAUGAAAAACGUUCCACGUGUAUUUUCACGACAAACUGCUCGUUUUGAAAUACUGGAUAGCCAAAGUUUGUACGGAAUCACCGUACUGGAUUAUUUAAGCAGGCACGUCUUUGUGAGUUCUGGAAGAAAAUUAAUAUACAAUCGAGCCUUCGUCAAAUUCCACGAAGAAAACUUACAAGGCAGUCGGUAUAUUUGUUCAAACGAUAUUCAAGAAGCUCUUGAAGAUGCAAUUGGGAUGGUACUGAGCAAUGAACAAAAAGCACACUUUAACAGCUUCUUAGGAAAUAUUUCUGAACCGUUAAACUUUCGAACCUGGUGUGGUGUGUGCGCGGUAACAGAGAGAUUGUUGUGUCCUCUUCCAUCCAAACAAAUCGAUCCUCCUAUGUGGUUAGAAAGGCUGGACUUUGAAAUGCUCGAAAGACGAUUAGAUUCGAUCAACGUAGACUCUCAGUUGGCUCUUCUAUUGAGAGAAAUUCGCAAGCGAUAAUACACUGUGUAUCAAGAGCGAUAUUGGAAAGAACAAAAUCAACAAAAUAAAAUCAUAAAAUAAAGUUAUAUAAAAAUAAAGUUCAUUGUUACGUUCGUCGGCAUCUUUUAUUGCUAGGAUAGAUGCACGUGUAUUUACAUCCACCCAAGCGUACACAGUUACAACAAUAUACGAUUUCUCUUUUACUCAUAUUCUUUCUUUUUUUUUUUUUCUUCAUUCUAGCAUACAAUCGCGCAUCACACAUA